AUGCCACCACGUGAAGAGUUCCCGACUGAAAGAUUGGAGGGUGCACCAAGUAAUGAUAUAGGUUGGCACUUUGGAACUCCAGUGCCAAAUGCGAGACGAAAUAUCGUAUGUAAACUUUGUGGUAAAGUUGUGAAAGGAGGAAUAACACGAUUUAAAGAGCACAUUGCACAUAAAACCGGCAAUGUUGCACCAUGCCCUAAUGUUACUGUGUCAGCAGAAGUUGGACAAGGUGUAAAGCUUUCAACACCUUAUGAGGUUUCAGAUGUGUAUUUGGAGUCAGAGUAUCAACGAGUUCGUGAUUGGGUAAAUGGACUAAAGACUCAUUGGAACGAAUUGGGUGCAACUAUAAUGUGUGAUGGUUGGACCAACAGUUUGAAUCAAAUGCACAUCAUUAAUUUCCUUGUUUAUUGUAGUAAAGGAACCAUUUUUUGGAAAUCGGUAGAUGCCUCAAGUGUCCGUAGUAGAGAUGUCGAAUUCUACUACUGUUUGUUAGAUUCAGUUGUAGAAGAAAUUGGAGAAAAUUACAUUGUCCAAAUAGUGACUGAUAAUGAGGCAGCAAUGAAAGCUGCUGGAAAAAAAUUAAUGUUGAAAAGAAAACAUUUAUAUUGGACCUCAUGUGCAGCUCACUGUUUAGAUUUAUGCCUUGAAGAUAUUGGGAAAAAGCCCAGUAGCAAAAGUGUUAGAUGA